AUGUCGCAGGAUGCCAAACUAUUCUCAAGAGGAAAAGUGCAAGAACUCAGGGCAGAACUUCAGAAUGACAAGAAGGACAAAGGAUUCCAAAGGAAGAAGAACACCCUCAAGAAGAUCGUCGCCAAUAUGACCAUGGGUAACGACAUGGCUCCCUUGUUCCCUGAUAUAGUCCAAUGCAUGGGAAUUCAAGUCUUAGAGAUCAAGAAGAUGGUAUACCUCUACUUGACAAACUAUGCCAGGUCAAAACCAGACUUAGUAAAAUUUACCAUGGAUGGCUUUCUAUCAGAUUCUCAUGAUCGGAACCCUCUCAUUCGCGCCCUGGCUAUCCGUACAAUGUCCUACAUCUCCGUCCCAGCCGUCCAUCGGGCCCUCCUAGAUCCCUUACGUCACGCCUUAAAAGAUACCGAUCCAUACGUCCGGAAAACAGCGGCUAUCUGUGUCGCCAAACUCUUCACACAUGAUCGGAAGUUAGUCGAGAAGGAGCAAUUCAUAAAUAGCCUCAGAGAUCUAUUGGCCGAUUCUAAUCCGACGGUCAUUGCGAAUGCCGUCGCGGCCUUGACGGAGAUUUCAGAAAAGAGUGAAAACAUUCAACUCAGACUCAACCUGGUGAUUGCCAAUAAAUUACUGUCGGCCUUGAACGAGUGCUCUGAAUGGGGGCAGACAUAUAUAAUCGAGGCCUUAAUGUACUACGUCCCUGAACAAUCAGCCGAUGCCGAGAUCUUGGCGGAGCGUCUAGUGGCCAGGCUACAGCACUCGAACAGUGCCGUCGUCUUAACAACUAUCAAAGUGAUGAUUUAUUUGAUGAACUACAUGUCAAAUCCAGAAAUUAUGGAGACGCUCUGCAAACGAAUCAGCGCCUCUCUUAUCACUCUACUCUCUUCAGGUUAUGAAGUUCAGUAUAUCGCUCUGAGGAAUAUCUUGCUAAUCAUUCAGCGAAGACCAGCCGUUCUGAAGAAUCAAGUCAAAGUCUUUUUCUGCAAGUAUAAUGAUCCAAUUUACGUGAAACUGGCCAAACUAGAGAUUAUCUAUCGACUUGCCAGCGAUGGAAAUUAUGAACAGGUUCUCGCUGAACUAGCAGAAUACGCAACGGAGGUGGAUGUAGAUUUUGUCCGAAAGGCAGUUCGAUCCAUCGGAAGAUUAGCAAUCAAGAUCCCUCUGGCCUCCGAUCGAUGUAUCACGGUGCUUCUAGAGCUUGUAGCCACGAAGAUCAACUAUGUUGUCCAAGAGGCCAUCGUCGUCAUCAAGGACAUAUUUCGGAAAUAUCCCAAUCAAUACGAGGGUAUCAUUGGUUCUCUCUGCCAAAACUUGGACGCCUUGGAUACCCCCGAAGCUAAGGCUUCGAUGAUUUGGAUCAUCGGCCAGUAUGCCGACCGGAUCGAAAAUUCUGAUGAACUGCUCGAGGAUUUUGUUUUCACUUUCUUGGAGGAACCUGUUGAGGUUCAACUAGCGCUUUUAACUGCUACCAUCAAACUAUUCCUUAAACGACCCACCGCGGGGGCUGAGUUGGUCCCGAAAAUCUUGAAAUGGGCAACCGAGCAGGUUGACAACCCAGACUUGAGAGAUCGAGGAUUCAUUUAUUGGAGACUAUUGUCGACUAAUCCAGCAGCUGCAAAGCACAUCGUCAUGGCCGACAAACCUCCAAUUUCUACCGAAAGUGAAACGCUCGAUCCGGCCGUCCUUGACCGGUUGCUAUUGCAAACUGGCACACUCAGUUCCGUGUACCAUAGAAGUCCCGAGAUUUUCAUUCGACAUACCAAACCGAAAUAUCUAAGUGAUUCGCCCGCUCUGAAUCCAGCAGCAAAAAAAUCGUAUCAAGAGUCAUUAGAGAUUGCAGCUCGACGGCCACCGCCGGUUCCGGAGACGAUGACUGUUCCAAAACCGAUGUCCCCAUCAACAGUGACGAGAGAACCGACUACAGCUGAGGAAAGUCCGAGGCAUUCGACGGCCGAACCAACGCACUCCUCUUUCAAUGAUCAACUACCUCAGGAGACGGAGAGUGCGGUCCAGCAGGAGGUCUAUCGGACCAGCAGUCUGGAUGUCGAUGACCAGCCGGCCGUCGAUCAUGAUGAUCCCUAUGCUGCUCUCAGUAGCUUGGACCCCUCCGGAUUCUAUGGUCAUCAACAGGGCAAUUAUCAAUCCGAUGAGCCUCAACCUUUAAGCGGAAUGAUCCAUCAUCCCGGCAAUUAUUCCUUGAUUUGA